GGGCGGCGCGGCCACCAGGGGGGGUGCUGAGCUCAGAGCUGCGGCAGCGCUAGAGCUGGAGUCGGAGCUGAGCCGGAGCGCUCGAGUAGCAUCCUUUGGUGGCAGCGCACCCGAGGCCGGACCACUGCUGCGCUCCUGUUCAGGGCCAGUGACCCAAGCUCCUGACCACGGCCGGACCCCACUGGCUCCAAUCCCAACCCUGCCCCGCGUAGCCCAACCUCGGCAUCUGCUCGCCGCUGCCACCACCACAGCUCCAUCCCCAGCCCGGCCCCCGAAACCCAGGCCGCCAGGAUGGACGUGUUCAUGAAGGGCCUGUCCAUGGCCAAGGAGGGCGUUGUGGCUGCAGCCGAGAAAACCAAGCAGGGGGUCACCGAGGCAGCAGAGAAGACCAAGGAGGGUGUCCUCUACGUCGGAAGCAAGACCAAAGAGGGAGUGGUCCAAGGUGUGGCCUCAGUGGCUGAGAAAACCAAGGAGCAGGCAUCACAUCUGGGAGGCGCUGUGUUUUCUGGGGCUGGGAACAUUGCAGCAGCCACUGGCCUGGUGAAGAAGGAGGAGUUCCCCACAGACCUGAAGCCAGAGGAGGUGGCCCAAGAAGCCGCUGAAGAGCCACUGAUUGAACCCCUGAUGGAACCUGAAGGGGAAAGUUAUGAGGGAACACCGCAGGAGGAAUAUCAGGAAUAUGAGCCAGAGGCGUAAGGGUCCAGGAGGGCCCUGGCACCAGCAGCACAAUUCCUUCCCUGCCCCUGUUCCAACCCUCAUCCCCAGAACCAGGGCUGUCCUUCUACCUUUUCCCCCAAACACGAGAUCUUCCUUCGGCUCCGAGGCACCGCCCUCGAGCCUGUGUUAGUGUCUGCCCUGCCCUUCAGUCUGUCUUACCUGCCCGCGUUCAUCCCUGAGGCGUGAACUGGGGUCGGGCAGAGGCCCAGCUGGGAGCUCUGCCCCACCAGUGUUACCACUCACCCUCCAUCUGGUCCAGUGUCUGCGUGGAUGUAGCAUGUUCUAUGUAUUUUUAAACCAAGAUGGGAAAGCUAUGGCUCCUUCCCCAACCCAGCAGAGGUUUUCCCCGAGGGGGCCCCCCGCGGGCAGCCCCACUUCGACCCCUAAAAUGUUUUUUUUUAACCCAUACCAGGAGCCAGUUUGUGCCAUGCCCCCUCCCUCAGCCCGCUCGGUCCAAGCGCGGGCGUCGUGUGUUGUGAUUGUGGCAUGGAGAGCCCCCCCACCCACCGUGUGAGCGUGUCCCGGGUGGGUCGGCCCAGCCGCCCCCCAGCGUGUCCAUGAAUAAAGCCAAUCUGUCUGUAGCUAGCGCCGCAUGGGCAGGGCUGGGCUUCCGGGCCCCGGACUGCCCCUCCGCUCUUUGGGGUCUGGCACACUCAACACAGGCACAUCGCUGAC